AUGAGCCGUCUACGCAAGAUGGCGAUCGGAAGUCCUACAACGACAGACCGGCCAGCUCAUGAUUACGCCAACUUCAAGCGACAGUACAAGCUCGGCGCUGAGCUUGGACGUGGCGGUUUCGGCACUGUUUAUUGCGGAUUUCGAAUGUCCGACAAUCUCACGGUCGCCUGCAAAUAUGUGAUGCGGUCGAAUGUAACCGAAUGGGCUUGCAUGGAUGGUCGAAUGGUUCCUUUGGAAAUCGUGCUAUUAAUGCGGUGCAGAGGGAUUCCUGGUGUGAUCCAGACAAUCGACUGGUUUGAACGUCCGGACGGUUAUAUGAUAGUCAUGGAACGACCGAGUCCGUCCACGGAUCUGUUCGAUUACAUUUCGGAGAAAGGCGCCCUCACCGAAAACGUAGCGCGUGACUACUUCCGCCAGGUGGUCGACACGGUGGUCGCGUGCUAUCGUGUAAAUGUCAUCCAUCGCGACAUAAAAGACGAGAAUCUUGUGGUCGACAUGAAGAAUGGCCUGGUCAAGUUGAUCGACUUUGGAUCAGGCGCUUUUCACAAGGAAGGACCAUACACCGACUUCGAAGGUACUCGCGUGUACAGUCCACCCGAGUGGAUUGAAGAGUCGCGCUACGAUGGUCUCGAAGCUGCGGUUUGGUCCCUCGGUAUACUUCUCUUUGAUAUGGUGUGUGGUGACAUUCCGUUCCGUAAGGAUUCGGAGAUUUGUACCGGACAUCUGCAAUGGCGAAAUCAACUUUCGGAAGAAUGCAAGGAUUUGAUACGAAAAUGUUUGUCACGUGAGGGCGGCGACAGACCAACAUUGGAGGAUAUUCUGCAGCACCCAUGGAUGCAGGUUCCAGACGAAGUGAACGGUGCAGCUAAGAACGAAUUGAAUGCCGGGAGGCACAAAUUGGCAAGUGUUCCGGACCGUCUUGUGACAGAAGCGCAGAUGCAUUCGCAUCCACGAGUUCCGCUAACGGUUACGCGUUCGGAUCAAUUCUUGUUGAACCCUUCAACUAGUAACAAUACGAUUGCAAUCACGUCGUCUACAAACUCAGCAGCAAUAUUUGAAGGAGCCACACUAGAGCGAGUUCCACAUCCAGAGGUUCCGCCGUUUACCACAAACCCCAGGUUGCUUACCGGCGGACCAAUUGGAUCGCCAUGCCGGCGCUAUCCCUUUCAACCGCGUCAGUCGACUUCCGUGGCCCCAUUACCGGCCCAAUGCACGUCGUCGCCUUCAACAACCGCCACCGCGUCACCACUAACAUCAAUAUCUAACGAUAUGGUGUCACAACCGGACCGAAAAGACUCGCUAGUUGUCAUGAACCGUCGCGCAUCUCCUCUCCUGCUGUACACACAUGUGCGUGCGCCCACACCGACAGCGGCCCAGCCAGCUGGAUCUCUUGAGCGCUUGAGCAACGCACGUGAUUUCCUGGAUGCAUGGCAUCAUCGCUUUUGCCAACGCAUCCAGCGACAUCCCACGCGCUUUUAUGAACAAUUAGCCGAACUUUCGCCGUAA